GCAAAAGUUUGCCUUCGGAUCCUCUAGGGCAGAGUCUGGGUGAGCGAAUUCAGGGGAAGGCGACAGGGUCCGGGUGCUGAGCGAGGUGACUGGACGACCAGGAGAAACCUGAGGCCACGAGCGACCUCCGGAGCUCCUAGACCGGAGUCUUAGCUAAGACACCGCAGGAUGCAGCCAGCCCAGAUGCGCUUCGCCGACCGAGAGCCUAUUUUCUACACUCUGGCUGGAUCCAGGCCUGCGCGCCUUCCCGAAUCCACCACCACGGUUCCAAUUGUUCCUUGAAAUGAACGUUCCUGGAGCGCCCUCUCGUGGACUGUUGAGGUAACCAUCUGUCUAGAGACAGUCAUGGCAACGCAUGCACAGGACCACCAGCCCAUCUUCGGGAAUGAUACUCUCCGGAAACAUUACGAUUACGUAGGGAAGCUAGCAGGCAGGCAGGACCCCCCUGAUGGUGGAACCUUCAUCACCACCAUCCUCUUCUUGGUCACCUGUAGCUUCAUCGUCUUGGAGAACCUGAUGGUUUUGAUUGCCAUCUGGAAAAACAAUAAAUUCCACAACCGCAUGUACUUUUUCAUCGGCAACUUGGCUCUCUGCGACCUGCUGGCCGGCAUAGCCUACAAGGUCAACAUUCUGAUGUCCGGCAGGAAGACAUUCAGUCUGUCUCCGACAGUGUGGUUCCUCAGGGAGGGCAGUAUGUUCGUGGCCCUCGGCGCGUCCACCUGCAGCUUAUUGGCCAUUGCCAUUGAGCGGCACCUGACCAUGAUCAAGAUGAGACCCUAUGAUGCCAACAAGAAGCACCGCGUGUUCCUUCUGAUUGGGAUGUGCUGGCUGAUUGCCUUCUCGCUGGGCGCGCUGCCCAUCCUGGGCUGGAACUGCCUGGAGAACUUUCCUGACUGCUCUACCAUCUUGCCCCUCUACUCCAAGAAGUACAUUGCCUUCCUCAUCAGCAUCUUCACAGCCAUUCUAGUGACCAUCGUCAUCCUGUAUGCGCGCAUCUACUUCCUGGUUAAGUCCAGCAGCCGAAGGGUGGCCAACCAUAACUCUGAGAGAUCCAUGGCCCUACUACGUACUGUGGUGAUAGUGGUGAGCGUGUUCAUAGCCUGUUGGUCCCCCAUUUUCAUCCUCUUCCUCAUUGAUGUGGCCUGCAGGGUGAAGGAGUGCUCCAUCCUGUUCAAAAGCCAAUGGUUCAUCAUGCUGGCUGUCCUUAACUCUGCCAUGAACCCUGUCAUCUACACUCUGGCCAGCAAAGAGAUGCGGCGUGCCUUUUUCCGACUGGUGUGUGGUUGUCUAGUCAGGGGCAACGGAACCCAGGCCUCACCCAUGCAGCCUGCUCUUGACCCAAGCAGAAGUAAAUCAAGCUCCAGUAACAACAGCAGCCAUUCCCCAAAGGUCAAGGAAGACCUGCCCCAUGUGGCCACCUCUUCCUGCAUCACUGACAAAAACAGACCACUUCAAAAUGGGGUCCUCUGCAAGUGACUGUCUCCAAAGGGCCAGCUCUGCAGCCACACUUAUUUAUUGCAUGUGUUACUUCCAUGUGGGCUCUUAGAGUCCUUGACUUUGGAGGUCUGCUUGAUGUGGCCACAGUGUGGGCAUCUUCUGAGGAGGAGACCAAGGAAUCAUCAACACAUUUCAGCCUGGAUAUGGACGUGCCUUGUCUGUUGCAUGCAGGCUCCAUCCUUUUGAAUGUACCAAGCUGCUGAUAUCAUCCACUGCCUUUGGAUGCCGCUUUCCCUGGUCCAGGGAGAGGGCAGGUGGUGAUGUGCUAUGCACAGUGCACCUUGGGGUGAUGUUUUGUUAUUUUCACACUACAUUUAUUUUUCAUAGAAUGGGUGCUCAUGUACGUGUUUGUCUGCUUCUGUGUUGCCUAGGAUGUGUAUACCAGGUUUUCCCAGGUAGAACCCACAUGAAGUGCCAGCCCUCCAUGCAUUAUGGAACUGUUUCUCCAAACCUGCCCCCACUGCUCUACCAGUUCAAGGUCACCACCACAUGCUGAGGUGAUGAGCCCCUCCCUGUCCUCUAGCAUUGGCAUUUAGCUCAUAGUAGUGAAAAGUUACUAAAGCUCUGUCUUCUCAAAAGCCUCACCAAAGAGAAGCCCAGACGUGUGGGUCCCCCUCUCUUGUGUCCCAUGCAUAAGUUUAAGCACAUCUGAAAGCCAAAUUAUGUGAUAAUUUGGGCAUUUCUGAACAUAACAGAAAAGCCAGCUAGGCUCUCUCAGAACCCACUAAGGAAAGAGCCCAUAAGGAGAGGUAAGGUGCUCUCCACUGUGGGUCUCCUUUCCAAGGGACUGGAGUCAGUCUGCUGCAUGUAGGAGUUGCCAGCAGUGAGGUUUACAAGCCAGCCUUCAGCUGGAUGAUGCUGAGUUCAAUUCUACAUAGAAAAGCUCCAUGUCAAAUGUCCCCUUUGCUGUCACUGGCAAGGAGAUGGAGCUAUCAGAAAAGCUUCUCAACUCCUUCAACGUGAGCCCUGACCAGAACCAUUCAGUGAGAGGACUCUGCCAGGCUAGGAGGUGUGGCAUGGCUAUUUGUACAUUCUUCAGAAAGAAGCAUCGUCAUUCCCUAAUGGUGGACGUCCCCAUCACUUGGACCUGCAUUCCUUUGUCCACCUUGUAAAGGAAGCGCUCACACCUCUGAACUGCCCCUCCCCAAGGACUCCAGCCACGGGCCACACAGAUGGAAUGUCCUCGGUGUGUCUGGAGGGCUGGUCAGCAGCCAUGCUCCCAGAGAAGUCUUCCAAACGACUCUCACUUGGGGGGACCUCAUGUCAGAGCUCCCCAUAAGUUGAUUAGCAUCAGAGACCAUUGCCUUACAAACCCUGCCUUUACACACCAGGGGCCUUUGUAAGCUGAUUUUACUCUCGGUGGUUACCUGAUGGCAUUUGUUCUUGCUUAGGGAUCCUAGGUAACCAUGGGCUGAUUGACUAAAGAGUUUCCUUCAAGUUACUCCUGGAGGAUAUCGCAUGCUGCCCAGAAGAUGUUCUGCUGGAGUGUUGCUCUGAGUUCUUCUCUACAUCACUGAAAAAGAAGAACUUAUUCUCUUGCCACACAGCGUUGACGAUCCAAGGCAUUUCUGGGAAAGGAAAGUGUGAAAGUGUUGGGCUAAGGAAAACAAAACAAGCAAACAAAGCAAAAACGGAAAAAAAAAAAAUAGACCAGUGUGUGGUGGAGUUGAGGUGGGAACAGAAGGGCUUGAGGACAUGCUCUUUCAUGCUUUAUGGAUGGACCUGGGUCACUAAUAUCAAUAACACAUUUUGCAUGACCCUGACUGGUGAUAUCGUCCUGUGGCUGUUUCUACUUAGCAGCCCCUGCUGGGAACCGUGCCCACCAUUCCUACUAGGAGGCAACAACAUUUGUAGCAUGACAGACUUUGAAGCAAUUGAAAUUAAAAAUACACUAAAAAUCUAAUUGUGCUCACUUGCUAUCCUUAAAGCUGAUCGAUCACCUGUGAUGCUGGCGUUCACUGCUUCACUAGCUAGCCACCUGUACAGCAUUUAGACGGUGAGUGUGUGCAACCCUCACCCUGACGGUCAGAAACCAGGGACCCGCCACCAGAGAACCUGGGGCCCACCCAGGGCUGUGAGCAACCUUUACUAUGUGCAGUUUAUGUUUAUUAAUAAUUAAUAAAACUAAA